UGCGGGAUUAGUUCUUCCGCGGGGCGGAAAAGGCAUGUCUGCUUGUUUCCCGACCAUUUCCAGACCUUUUCCCUUAGAGGACCCCAUGAGUAAGCUGUGGCGGCGCGGGAGCACCUCAGGGGCUAUGGAGGCUCCUGAGCCGGGGGAAGCGCUGGAGUUGAGCCUCGCGGGUGCCCAUGGCCACGGAGUGCACAAGAAAAAGCACAAGAAGCACAAGAAAAAGCACAAGAAGAAACACCAUCAGGAAGAGGAGGCCGGUCCCACACAGCCAUCUCCCGCCAAGCCCCAGCUCAAACUCAAAAUCAAGCUGGGCGGGCAGGUCUUAGGCACCAAGAGUGUUCCUACCUUCACUGUGAUCCCUGAGGGUCCUCGUUCACCCUCUCCUCUCAUGGUUGUGGAUAAUGAAGAGGAACCUAUGGAAGGAGUUCCCUUGGAGCAGUACCGAGCCUGGCUGGAUGAAGACAGUAAUCUGUCCCCCUCUCCAAUUCGGGAUCUGUCAGGGGGGUUAGGGGGCCAGGAAGAAGAGGAGGAACAGAGGUGGCUGGAUGCCCUGGAGAAGGGGGAACUGGAUGACAAUGGAGACCUCAAGAAGGAGAUCAAUGAACGGUUGCUCACAGCUCGACAACGAGCUCUGCUCCAGAAGGCACGGAGUCAGCCUUCCCCGAUGAUACCGCUGCCUGUCGCUGGGGGCUGCCCAGCCCCUGCCCUCACGGAGGAGAUGCUGCUGAAACGCGAGGAGCGAGCGCGCAAGCGGCGACUGCAGGCCGCGCGGCGAGCGGAGGAGCACAAGAACCAGACAAUCGAGCGCCUCACCAAGACUGCGGCUCCUAGCGGGCGGGGAGGUCGGGGGGCUGCGCGGGGCGAGCGGCGGGGAGGGCGGGCCGCAGCCCCGGCCCCCAUGGUGCGCUACAGCAGUGGGGCACAGGGUUCCACUCUUUCCUUCCCACCUGGCGUCCCCGCCCCCGCUGCUGUCUCUCAGCGUCCAGCUCCAACAGGCCCUCCUCCGCGCUGCUCUGUCCCUGGCUGCCCUCACCCGCGCCGGUACGCCUGCUCCCGCACGGGCCAGGCGCUGUGCAGCCUUCAGUGUUAUCGUAUCAACCUGCAGAUGCGGCUUGGGGGACCCGAGGGCCCAGGGUCCCCCCUUUUGGCUACUUAAGGCCGUUACCAAACCUGGACUCUACGCUCUCUCCCCAUGCCUGGUUUUCAGUGUCUUCCCUACCCUAUUAAAUUUCAUCCAGUG